AUGGUGUACAACAAGCAGAAGAAAACCCAUAAAUCUAAGAUAAACAAAUUCCUCGUUAGCAUCAGUUUCAUAGGAAGUGCUGGACCCAUUCGUUUUGUUGUCAAAGAAGAUGAAACUGUUUCACACGUGAUUGAGUAUGCUCUCAAAUGCUACGCCCGUGAAGGCAGCUUCCACUUCUCGGAUCAGAUUCCAGUUAUUUCCUACUUUACUGUCCUUACUGUGCAGCUGAAGGGUAAAAUCGGGUCAAUCGGAUCGAGGAACUUGGUUUUGUCUAAGAAGUCAGAUGCUCAAACCCUUGGGGACUCCGUGUGAACAACAACUAGGAAGAUCUCUGGGAGGUGGAAGGCUUGGCUCAACAAGUCUCUUGGCCUUAUGGAUCCUUCUCACUAAUUAGAUCAUGCUU